CUAUCAACUUUUAGGCUACAACUACAAGCAAUUUAUCUGAUGGAUAAAGUGGCCAGCAUUUCUACAGAUUAUCAUAGUCAUUCACCAGAACUGGAAAUUGAAAUUACAUGAAUAGAUAUGUCAGUACUUUGGAAAGAAAUAGCUUGUAAAUCAACCUUUUUUCCCCAUUGUUUAAUGUAUGUUACAUUGACCCUAGCGUUGACUGCCAGACCAUCGCGCGCAUACCUAAAAAAUUAACGUUAGCUGCUAAAAAUGUUGGUUAAGCUAACAUUUUAUCUUUCCUCAACUGUUUAGUUUAGGCUGCUGAAAUUGAGUAGGUAACAGCACAUGAUAACUACAACAGCAACAAAGUAUAUAACACGUUGAUGGUUUUGACAGUGUUGUAUUAGUCAAACUGAAGCAAAACAGCAUUUAAGCUUUCAUUAAUUUUCUGUUAGCAUCAUAGCUACCAAAGGUACCAAAGGUGAUGUUCAGAUGUCUUUUUAGCUAGUCCUGUGCUUGGUUGUAGUUCAGGGACCAGAAAGGUCCAAUUGUCCAAGGGAUAGACUGGCUGAAGAGGAUACUAACGUUAGUGAAAUGACAGAAUCAAAUUCACCUUCUGUGGAGAACGCAGUUCUCACACUGGAGAGCUCAGAAGAAAACAACUGUGAGGUAUCUGAGGAAGAUGCAUAUAGGUUCUUUUGCCAUCCAUUUUGUGUGGAGGAAAGGGAUUCAAGUGAUUCAUCCGAGACAAAUUCUGAUUUCAUUAUUGACAUUGAGGAUGACAGUCCCCUGGUCUCAGGUGUAACAGUGCACACUGAAGUGGACCGAAAGCGUUUGUAUGUACCACUGGACACAGCAGUGGAGUUGGAAGACAUUCUUCCAAAGGGUACUGAGCCACGAUCUUUGGAUGAUGAAGGAAUAUAUGUUUGUGAGAGGAUUCAAAUGCCGAGGAAAAUGUAUGACAAAAUGUCUCACCGACUUCUUGAUCAGCAUAAGGGAGAGUGCUGGUUUGGAAAAGAUGGGUGUUUGAAUACACUUCCCAACCCGAUGAAGAAUUACUGGCGAGCUAAAAUAGAUUUCCCAUUUCCAAGCAUCUCUGCUGGGUUGACCACUAGGUACAUAAAGUCUGUGGUGGUUGGAGGUGGUUCAGAGACCAAGCCCGCUACCAGCUGCUGGCAGCUCGACCUGAACUUAAUAGGGAUCCAGUUCACUCAUCACUCCCUGUUCAGCCGUGAGCACGUAUUGGCUAGCAGGCUCCUGGGGCUGUGUGAGAGCUACAAGAACAGAAGGGGUAUAGACAAGACUACUUACCUACAGGAGAAGCUAAGGGCAUUGAAGAAAUCAAAAAAGGAUAUGGAUGCUCAAAGUCACACAUCUGCCGUAAGGUCUAAAGCUUUAAAUAGCCAGAUCAGAGAAACUCAGAGGACCUUGCGAGUGAUAAAGGAGGAAGAUGCUUUGCUGUUGAGAAAUAUCAUAACUACAUGGCAGUGUCUGAAAGACCUAAGAACUAGGAACCAUUAUGUCAGUUCAUCUGUAAAACUCCAGUUUCAAAGAGUGGAGCUGAAAGCAGCAACCAGAGAUGGAACAUCAGUCCAGUUUGCUACUGAAGGAACACCCACAGACAGCACUGCUGGGAGUACCAUAGCAGAAGAGGAGGAUGGAUCUAUUUUUGUGGAUGAUGACAUGAUCUUCUCUCAAAACCUUAUGAGUGAGGGGUUACAAGAUAUACUAAAUGCCUACAACCGCAAGGAGAGAGCAGGAGAUGGCCUCCAUCGUACUGCUCCGAGACGAAUGAGCCAUUUCCCCUACAUUCCUGUUCUUAGGAUGAAUGAGAUGAUCACUUCUGACUUAAAGUGUGACAGCCUAGAAUAUUGCAGAAGAGCAGCACUGCGUGACAGCAAGAUCUCUGUAAAAAUAUUUUACAACGGAAAACUUGUCUCAGUUACAUCUCGGUCACCGUUUCACCAUGAUUUCAGAGUGAACAUUGAGGAGACAUUCAAUAUGCAAGUCACAAACUGGCCGGAAAGCUUGAUGCUGGAGAUCCAUGAGCAUAAGAAGUUCAGGAGCACCCUUCUUGCCAAGGUGUAUCUACCGAUUCCUCACAGAAAUAUAACAUCUACCAGCGCACCAGUGGAGACAUCAGAAUUCAGCUCUGACCAGCUUGUCAAAGACUCUUUUACAGGAGUUGGGGGCAAUGUAUUCUUCAAAAUGAACGACAAUGACAAGGAGCACAUGUGCUUGCUGACCAGUGCAAAGCUGUAUUAUGUCCUGUCAUGGGCAGAGGAUGAAUGGGGUCUGCCCAAGGCACCCCCUGCAGAUCCAGUCCUGCCAUCCUUUAGCAGCUUGCCGGCCCAGCUAACUAGGAGACAGUUGGAGUGGCUCAUGAGGUUGCGGAUUGACCCGAAUCACCCAGCGAACACUAGUCUCUAUGAACUCAUGGCGGAGAUGCGCCACAUUCAAGAGAACCCUAGUAGCCGUUUCCAUCUAGAGUCUGCAGAGGACUACUUCGCCACAGAUGAGCAGCUGGAUGCCUCCCGACGCUUCGGCCUCUUGCGCCUGAGGAGCCAGCACGCCAUCCCUUCUCGUCCCAUCCCCCUGCACGACUGGCAAACCCCCCCGGCCCUGACAGAGGAUUAUGAAGGAUGCCACAAUGAGCCGCCCAGAGAGACAGACUGCAUCACAGCACAGAGGAAGUGGGCCGUCCAGUAUUUUCAGAAGUUGGUGAGUGGUGUUCAGAAAGACCUACACCACAUGGACAAAAAAUACAAUCUGUCUGAUAUCGUCAGAGAGGUUGAGCGAUUCCAAAUUCCGCCUCUGCCUGACCCACCUCCCAGCAAUAUGAACACGCGCAGGCCAUCGCAGCAGUUGAGGCCAAGCCGUCAGAAUAAUAAGGGUGUCCCUCCUGGCCUGCUCUCCGACGGAGAUCUGACGAUCCGCGUCGAUGUCCAGAGGGCUGUAAACUUACCCAUCCGACAGCAGACAUAUCAUCAUAUGGAGAAUCGUGGACCCUACUGUGGUCUGUCCAGCGGUAAACAGUUCUUCAUUCGCUGGACACAUAAAGAUGACUUACAGGAUCAGCUUCAGCCUUUUGCUGAGGUGAAAUUUCAACGCUCGUCAUUUGAGACCAACAUCGCAGAAGGACCUGACCCAAUCUGGAGAGAGGAAUUCUGCCUUGACUUCAGCUCCCCGGAUGGUGACUACAGCCACGCCGGUCUAGCCAAGGUUCAGGAUGACAUCAUCAUCAACGUCUUUGAUGUGGUGUCAUUUCAACUGACGGAGAGACACACACUGAGGGGCUGUGGAACACAGACCUUCUUAGGCAAGCAGUGGCUGGGCUCUGUGAACAUCCCCUUCAGGGCUCUGCUGAAACAGUCAAAGAUCAGCUGCACUUUCAAAAUCAACACACCCCCUGCACUGCUGGGCUAUACGUGGUCUAGGAACGACUUUCACAGUAACCCAGCAAAACAACGGAAAGCCAGUUACCUCACUGUCUACAUCGUUCUUGACCCGCCUAUCUCUUCUCAGGAAGACCUGUCAAACAUGGACAUUGAUCAGAAGCGUUUGUGGGUGUUUCCGAGCCCAGUAAGCGAUGCUGAUCUCGUGCUGGCAAAACAGUUUGAGAGUGCGUGCAGAGCUGUGGGCAAGAAGAGGAGGUUCUUCAGCACUGUAGUGAACAGUGAAGGACAGCUGGUUCUGGCCACCAAGUUCAUCAGACCUCUCCGACCUCCACCGGAGGUCCUGCACAUUGAUGACGAGGAGGAGCAGCAUCAGAGCAAAUUAGCUUCCUUGAAGAAAAUAGCUGCCUUUGUGUCUUUGAUUCCUGUUUUGCCAAGUUCAUCUGAAGUGGGAGACUAUGGAGAGAUGUGGCUCACCUCGGAGCAAUGCUUGGAUCUAGUCAUUGGGAACAGUGUCAGUUUAGCCGUUCUCCUCUGCAACUUCUUUCUGUAUUUAAAAGUACAGGCAUGGGUUCUUCUAGGCACAUCAAUUAUAGAGGGUGAGACGGCAUAUGUUUUAACCACUGGUUGCGCUGGUGAUUUGGUGUGGAAUCCAAAAGAUGGGAAACACUACAGCUUAUAUGAUGCAUACUGUCCAAUCAUAAAAAUGGACUGUGUGGUCAGCGGGAGAAAUGUGUGGUUUUAUAAGAGUAAAGAACGUGCAAUGCCGCAAGACUUUGAGCUGUCAGAAACUUCUACAUGGAUUGCUUUGUUCCCAGGAGACCCCCCAGCAAAGCCAGCAGAAGAGUCCCCUGUAAUCCAGUAUCGCCUGCCUCAGUCACAGCUUGUUGAAGUAUUACAAAGAAGGAUGGAGAAGCAUUUGAAGCAGAGAUUGAUGGAAUGGCGGAGUCCUCAUCCGACACGGUGGAACAGGCGCCUCCCGAUCCUGCUAAGUGAAAUCCUGCCCAAGUUUGAGAUGCUGGACGACACCUCUUCCAUGGAGGAAGAGCUUUACACACUGCCCGUCCAGAUGAGUGACUUUAAGGUGACAGGCAUGACCCUUCAUAUGGCUUUCACUAAUAUGGAUGCUGUGACAGAACGAGUCCAGAACGCCCAGAUCCACAGUACAGAGAUCCCCGGGACCGAGUUUGCACUCUCGGUUUACAUCCACCCCUACCCAAACGACAUCUUGUCUGUCUGGGUCCUCCUAGCAUCACUAGUAGUGCAGCAGCGAUGAGCAUACUACCAGCCUCCAUGUUAAGAUGAACUGGGGGUAUUCCAAGUACGUGGUUUAGUGACAAACCUAGGUAGGUUAACUCAGAUUAAGUGGUAAACCUCCUUCAACCAGAGCCCUAUGGCAUUGUUUUGUUGAAGCCGUACAGCUCUUCUAUUAGGAGGUUUGCCACUUACUCGGAGUUAACUUACCCAGGUUUGUCACUAAACUACAUACUUGGAAAACCCCCCUGAAGUAACCAUAUUUGGCCUCCGUUCAUUUGAACUCUUAUCUAGAGAUGAGGGUAGAGAUCACCAGCAUUGGUCGUUGAGACUACUCUUCUACGGGCAGUCAAUGCCGUUUUUGUUUGCCAAAGAAGUGCAGACAGGCAACAAGGGAUGUUCUAGGGGGAAUGUAAUAGCCAAUGAAAUCUUUGUUUUAAAUGUUAGUAUUUGUGUUGGCUCUCUUGGUCAUUGUUGUAGCCUAUAUCAUUUUACCAAAUUGCCCUGUCACUAUGAAAUGUUAAUAUCCCUUGUUUGAAAUGAAAUACAUCGUGAUUGCUCAGAGUCCCUCUGUAAAUACUCUAUUCACUUGAUGUCUGAAAGAGUAUCUGAUAUAGACGUAAGUCAAAGUCAGCGGUCAAAAAAAGCCCACAUAUUCUAAGAUGUUAGAAACAAUCAUAGUGAAAACAAACCUCAAGACGACAACUUGACACGAGCAAAAAUGAAAGUAAUUUAGGGGGUAUGUCUGAGCUGUUCAUAGUCACCCUGCCGUGUUUUUAUUAAAAACAUAAUGAAUCAAAGUGCACUUGGUUUGGUUCACAGGACAACAGUCUACAUUCAAUGCUUCUGAGGUAGCAGCGCACAAAAAAACAACUAGACCUACUUGUAAAAAUGGCUUUACACCUAUGUUUCUCGUGAAGUCUGCAUUGAAAAAUACACUUUAACAUAAUCACAUGAUUUCCUGGAAGAGAGGUAAACAAAACCCCACAAAAACAAUCAGUGGAUUAAAGGCAAAAAAUAAACAGUUACUAUUGCACCUAUGCACAUUUGCAUGCCCUGACUUUGUACAGCACCAAAUGUAAUGCUGAAAAAACACUUCUUUACCAGUUGCCUUCUGUUUCUGCCUUCUGUCAUUUUUUUUUUUU